AUGUCAGCACCAAAUACGAAACAGAUCAAACUUGAUGAAGCUGAAAUGCAAAAAGCAUUCGAAGUUAUCGGUGAUGUUCAAAACGAAAUUGAUCGUUUUAAUGAACAAGCCAGUGAAGAGAUUCUUCAAGUUGAACAGAAAUACAAUAAACUUCGACAACCGAAUUAUAAAAAACGCUCGGAUUUAAUUAGCAAAAUUCCAUCAUUCUGGAUCAGCGUGUUUCUCAAUCAUCCUCAAUUGUCGGGUCAUUUGGAUCAAAACGAUGAAAAUAUUUUACAAUACCUCAAACGUGUUGACGUCGAAGAACAUGACGAUAUCAAAUCAGGUUAUCGAAUCAAAUUCACAUUUGAUCCUAAUCAGUAUUUUGAGAACGAUGCCAUUGUCAAAGAAAUCAGCGUCAGUGAAUCAAGUGAAACAACGUGCAAAUCAACACCGAUCCGAUGGAAAAAUGAAUCGAAAAAUGGUCAAUCAGCGAGUAACAGCGGCAAGAAGAGUGAUGGCGAAACAAGAAAACGUGCUCAUGAGACACUAGUAACGAAGGCUGCAACAGCAAACGAUGGAGAUGACGAGAGUGGCGGAGAAAAUGACGAAGAUGAUGAUCUCGAGGAAAAAGACGAUGAUCAAGAAUAG